UACAUCUCAUUCGUGCUCCUGGUGGGAAGCUCGUGCGAAUCAAGAUGAGCGGCAAACUCGCCAUCUCCAUGCUCAUGGGACAGCCUGCCUUGAUGAGCUGUACGAAGUUGGUGGCUGGAAGAUCAGCGAUGCCACUCUUCCGCAUCACAUAUCAAGCGCCUGCCGUUUCUCACUCAGCGGGCACUUCAUGGAAGAGGACCUAUGCGACUCAUCGAGAUUUGCGGACUGAUCCUAGCCUUGAUGCGAGUCCUCGAGUCAGGACUGGACAAUCGAAUCUGGACGGAAGAGAGAGUGUUGGACCGUUUCCUCUGGGGGUCGGACCUAGUGGGAGGAACAAGACUUGGAAGAGCUGGAAAGAGUUGGGUAUAAAGGGUAAACUUGGCAGGACAGUCCGACAGACUGGGAACCUUGGAGUCAUUCUCUUCGGAGGAGGAUUAUUCAUCCUUCUGACACUGUCACUCACCACUGAGCUCUUUGCGAGGAACUCGCCCAGCGUUCUGUACUCCCAAGCGGUCGACAAAAUCAGGCAGAGCGAUGCGCUCGAUGCUCACCUCUUACCGCCUCUAACAUUCACCCACUCACCUACGCCCGCUGCUCCUGUACGAGGCUCUACACCCGUCGCUCAUACGCUCUUGCGACAUCCUUCUUCCGGUCGAGAUCAUAUGAUCAUCACGUUCUGGGUCCAUGGACGAGGAAGGAAUGAACCUGAACCCCUUCACUGGGCAAAAUCAUCUUGGCAUUUGGUCCUUACGUCCUUGGACGAUGCUGCGAGAUAUCUUGGCUUCAUAGAUGGCGGGGCUUCCUUGUUCACGGGCUCGAGUGAAGAUGCGAGUAUGGGAAAGGAGAGAAACAUCGCGAAUGUGGAAGUGGACACGACACAGAGUGCCGAGGAUGGAUCUGGAUGGUUAGGAAGUCUCUUGGGUGGAUUCUCAGGGCUACGGAAUGGCUCAAAUGCAAACACCCGAGGUGAUCGAAGUGGCACAGCCACGAGAGGUCUGCCUCCGCCAGGCACGUACAAAGUCGGGGAAGUCAAGGGUGACUAUGUGAAGAACGCCAAUGGUCAAUACCAGCUACUAUCACUCACUAUCGACGUCCCCUCAUCAUCAGCAUCAUAUCCUGGUCGAGCGGUAGUCUUCUGGGCCCCAGAAGCCGAUCGCGAGGGACUGAUCUCGAUGAUAGGAGGUAGAGGCAGAUAGAUCCUUGUACAGGUCAUGCGUAUACUUGUACUACUGUAUGGAAUUGCAUGA